AUGGGGUUCAAUGUAAAAGUGCAUCAGGAUGUUAUAUAGUAUCUAUAAAGGAUAGAGGUUGUAAUGGAACACUUUUCAAAAUGUCCAGAAAUAUUCAAGAUAUUCUCCAAACAAAGGUAAUGUAAUAAAAAAAUCAAAGACAUUAUGUCUAAAAUAAAAGCUUAAUUAUCUAAGGAAGAUGAUGAAGAUUUUAUAAUUUUUUUAAAGGAAUUUUAAUUUGAUGGAGUUGUCAAAGCACUUAAGCAUUUUACGAUAAAAAAUUUGAAAGAAAAGUAUGGGGAAUAAUAUGAUGAAUUUUCGAGCGAUGAAGAAUAAAAUGCAAGCAAGUCACAUCCUUCAAAAAGUAAUAGUGAUUAAAAACAGAUUAAUACAGAAGACAAAAUUCUAUUAAUUUAAGAAGGAAUUAGAAACAUGAUAACACCAUUUGAAGAUAACAAACUAUCACCAAUCGAGGUUAAAGAACAUUUAACUUUAGAUGAAGAAGAAUAAAGUUAAUAAUUUGAAGAAAUACUACCAGUUUCAUAAGAUAAGUAAUAAAACAGAAGGAAUGCGUCUAGUAGUGAUGAACCAAAAUACAAAAAGAAAUCAAAACCAAAGAGUUCAAAAAGACAAUCAAAAAGAAGAAAAACAAGAGAACAAAGUAAUUAAAAACAUAAACCUAAAUCUAGAACCACAACAAGCAAAUCUGGAAGAAGAAGUUGAUUUAUAUCACAUUAAUAAAAUGUAUCAAUAUAAAUAUCUAUUUUAUGUUAUGCUCUCUCUCUCUCACGAUUCUAAAACUUAUAUAAAAAAUUUGUAUCUAAAAUGUACUUAAAAUUCUGUCCAAAAUGUUCAAAAAUCUAUCUAAAAUAUAUAUUAUAAUCAUUCUAAAAUAUACAUAAAAUCACUCUAAAAUAUACAUAAAAUCACUCUAAAAUAUACAUUAAAUUUAGUAUUUAAAAUUAUACAAUUUAGUCUAAAAUUUACCAAAAAAAUUAAAAAAUUUUCGAAAUUUUUUAAACAAAAAAAUACAAACAAAUAGUCUAACAUGAAUAUCACUAUUUGA